AUGGACCGUGGCACCGAGAAUGCACCAUUGUCAGAUACCGAGGGUGCUGAAAGGCCGGUCAGAGAACAGCUGAAGAAGGCCUCCAUUGCCGGCGUGGUGGAGAAGAUGGCACCCGAACACGCCAAGAACGAAGCCGUGCGAGCUGAGGGCGAGACAGUGAAAGAGAAUGGCGAGCCAGUAUCACUGCACCGAAAGCGAAGCUUUGAGGAGGUGGAGGGCGAAGAUACUUCGCAACUAGCAACAGAUACUGUGAGACAUCACGUGAGGAAGCGAUCACGGGACAGCGCGACAGAAGAAGAGCUCAGAAACGUACGAAAGACCUCCGGUGAGUCAUCACGAGGUGCUGCUAGUAGUCUGGAGCCAGCCGUUCGCAAUGGUGAUUAUGGCAAGGCAAGCGAUGAACGGCCGAGGACGCCGAGUCAGACGGGGGAGAAGCGUGCAGAGGCUGCGGCGGAGGCAAUGGCAAGUCCGAAGACUAAGAGAAGCCGGCUGCACUCCACGACAACCGAGGAGAAUGGUGCCGCUGCCACCCAAGAGUCUAAAGCAGACACAGUCAAGCCUGAUCCGCAAGCAGCGUCACAUGCCACUGGCUUCGCGAACACAUCUGCGAUCUCACCCUUCAACGCUUUAGCCGGCAGCAAGUCGCCGUCUGCAGAGCCGCAGACUUCACAGUCUGCAUUUGCAUCGUCUGGCUUCAGUGCGCUAGCUUCGUCGACGUCAGGCUUCGGCGCGAUAGGGAAGUCUUCGGGCGGGUUUGGGCUUGGCGGAAGUUUUGGCUCCGGGCCAAAGAGCCCACCAAUAAAGAAAGCGGACGAAGAGAAAGAGAAGCCAAAGGAAGCAUCGAGUAGCACGUUUGGUGGCGCUUUAGGCCAGAAGUCUGCAUUCGCGGCCCCUCCCACGACUUCAGGCGGAUUCGGCUCGAGCACAUCGGGCUUUGGCAAGCUUGGGUCCGGAGCGACGUCCGGCUUUGGUGGCAGCUUGGGCAGUGGCAGCGCAUUUGGUGGGUCUUCGGGCGGCGGCAGUGCAUUUGCUAUUGCUGCGGGCAGCGGUGGGCUCACCUCUUUCGCGAGUGGCAAGCCAUCAACAACACUGGCAAGCAGUUCGAAAGCCAUCAAGCCGUUUGGCGCAUCAGCAGAUGAUGACGAAGAAGGCGAGGAUGGUGGCGAGGACGACGGUGCAGGUUAUAGGAGCCCAGCACUGUCUCAGGAAGAAGACAAGCAGGAUGAGCGAUUCCAUGAGCAGCAGAUCGAGACAGGCGAGGAGGAAGAGCAGACGGAGUACUCGUGCCGUGCCAAGCUCUAUCAUUACGCUCAGACCGAGAACGGCAAGAAGGAAUGGCGUGAGCGAGGGCUAGGCGUGCUUAGAUUGAAUGUCAAGCAGGCUGAAGGCGACGAGAAAGUAAGGGCGCGCAUACUGAUGAGGGCGGACGGGUCGCACAGAGUUGUUCUGAACACGCCGAUCGAGAAGAAGAUCAAAUUUGGAGGGAAAUUGGGAGGGCCACCCGAAGGAGGGCUAAUCCUAUUCGCCGGCACCAUUGACGGCAAACCCGGGCUCGAGACCUUGCAGCUGAAGGUAUGUUGGAGCACGUAUCUUCCUAGUAUCACACACGACUAA